GGGCCUCCUCUUUAUAUAGUAGAAGAGUCCUAACCCUAGUACAAGUCUAAAUAAGGUACAUAAUCUUUUAGUAACUGACGAGCGAGAUCGGUGCCGAAAUAUCCGGCUGAUGGAGGAUAUUUCUGUCCCUUACUUAUUAUAAUUAACUGCCUUCUCAUCGUAUCUCAGUAUCUAACUCCAACCGAACUCAACGACUCGGGACCAGGUGUGAUCGGUCUGGCUCCGACCCAAUGCCCGAUUUUGGACCUGAUUGGGACUCGUCUGAUCCAGCGAAGAUCAUCACGAUCAUAAUUUUCUUGUCGAUAAACCGAAGAUACCUUGUCCUCGGUUUUUGCCCGUAUACAUAUACAUAUAGGAAAUUUAACUUUAUAUAUACAGUAUAAUUCUACGAUAAAGGGGAUUCCGGCAACCCUCUCCCGCCCCUAGCUCCGCCACUACACUCAAGUGUGCUUGCAUUCACUCCAACCUAGAAAUAGAAUAAAUACUAGUUACAUUACAGCUUUGCAUUAUUGCGCACUUGCCGUUGCAGAGACCUGUAAUUAAGGACUCUGGUUCAAAGUAGGAAAAGCAUUUACUCAUUUUGCCAUUCUGUUGAAAAAUCCUCUAAAACAAAGAUUCUCCAGAUUUUUGCCCUUCCUAAGUAGUAGGUUCUACUAAUAAAUAUGGUUGAUAAAAAUAAAUAUUGUUGGGCAUAUGGAAGUGCAAAAGAAGACAGUCCUAUGUGUGAUCUCCCUGGUUUUGAGUGCUGCAGGAGUAAACUGCUACGACAUGUGUCUUUUGUUGAUUGUCCUGGUCAUGAUAUUAUCAUAGCUACCAUGCUUAAUGGAGCUGCCAUUAUGGAUGGAGCAUUAUCUCUAAUGCAGCCUCUUACGUCCGAAAAUUUAGCUGCUGCUGCAAUUAUGCGCCUCCAACAUAUAAUAAUUCUUCAAAAUAAGAUUGAUCUUGUUCUGGAAGAUGUUGCCAUCAGUCAGAAUGAAGCUAUUCAGAAAUUUAUUCAGGGUUAUCAAGAAAACCCAUCUCAAGGUUCAAGAAUCAAGAUUUGGGAAAUCUUCUCCAAAAUUCAAGUCUUUAAAUCAAGAUUUUGGAGCAAUUACGGGCCUGCACUUCACGGUGCAGAUACCGGUUUUCAGGAGCAUACACCUGCGCAGUAGGAUCACUUCAGUUAUCAGCUUAUUGGUGAGCCCCACUCCUCUCGGGGUUCAACAUGGAGUCUGCAUUAGUGUUCAGUUUAUGGUAGUCCAGGGCCAUGUCCUGGUAGUUAGUAUUCAGACAUGUUUUAGAGGUUUCAUAGACAUAUAUUAGUUCACAGAGUCAACUAUGCUUUCAUGUUUGUAGACUAUUAUGUUUUCAUGGUAUUUCAUGCUAUGAGAUAA